GAUCUAUCAAUCGGUUUGCAUGCCCUCGGUUUCCCUAUCCACGGUGUACAGAGCCCUGUAGGAAAGAUGCACAUUCACAACUUGUAUGGGAUAAAGACGGUUGAUCUGAUAUUGAAUGCCAGCCACGUGUUGGACAAUGAAUUUCUUUCGCCAUGACUAUCAAAGCCGUUUUCGACGCACUGAUCCUAUUGGUACAUAUCACACACCAACUUGGAUAGAUCAGGAACCGCAGUUAUAUCUAAAGGAAUCUCUUCUACGGAGACGGAGUAAGGGUUCCAAAGUUAGUACAAUAAAUGACUGGCUACAAAUUCAAAUCGGCGGCACGGAAGAUGUCAAAAAGAAAAAGCCAAAGUAUCAAAAUUGCAUCAAGUCCACAAAAUACACAUUGAUUACAUUUCUGCCGUUGAAUUUGUUGGAACAAUUUCGUCGCAUAGCAAAUUUUUAUUUUCUUGUUAUGACAAUCAUAUCGCUGUUGAUUGACAGUCCUGUAUCGCCAAUGACGUCAUUACUGCCUCUAGUAUUUGUGAUUGCCGUUACGGCUGCGAAACAGGCCUAUGAAGAUAUCUUACGCUACAGAACUGAUAAUGUGGUCAACCGAUCGCCAGUAACCGUGAUUCAAAAUGGAGUUGAGGCAAUAAUACAGUCACAGAAUGUGGCUCCCGGCGAUCUGGUUGUUGUGGAGCGAGACUGCGAUGUGCCCUGCGAUUUGUUGUUGCUGCGGACAACAGAUCCCCAUGGCAAGUGUUUCAUUACAACGGCCAACUUGGAUGGCGAGUCGAAUCUGAAGACUUUGAUGGUGCCCAGAGAUCUGCCGACAGUACCCAUUGAGGAGAUGCAUAAGCUGGGCGUUAUCGAGUGCGAAAGUGCCAUCACCGAUCUGUACAGCUUUAAUGGCAAGAUCGAGCUAGCCGGCGGCGAGGGUCGAGUCCUGCCCCUCUCCGCCGACAAUGUGCUGUUGCGCGGCUCCCGUGUUAAGAACACUGAGUGUGUGAUUGGCUGUGCCAUCUAUACGGGAAUGACGACCAAGCUGCAAUUGAACAGUCGACUCACCCGCAACAAGACAGCAUCGAGUGAAAUCUAUGUAAACCGAUUUCUAAUAUUUGUACUCGUAGCGUUAAUAGCCAUAGUUACUCUGCUCUAUUUCCUAAAACGUUACGAAGAGCUAUUUGUGAUACCAAAACUAACCUAUCUGGGACCUGCAGCGGAUGGCUAUAGCGUUAAACAGUUCCUGCAGGACUAUCUAUCGUUUCUGAUACUGUUCAACUAUUUGAUACCCAUAUCGCUGUAUGUGACGAUUGAGCUGCAGCGUAUCAUUAGCGGCUUCUAUAUGGAAUGGGACAUGGAGCUCUAUGAGAAGGAGACGGAUCAACAGUGCAUUGUGAACACAUCGAACUUGAAUGAGGAACUCGGUCAGAUAAACAUCCUUUUCUCGGACAAAACGGGCACCUUAACCAAGAACGAAAUGAAUUUCCAGCAGUGUUCGAUAGCUGGCAGCAAGUUCAUUUAUAAGCAAACCCGAUUGGAGGAUGUGGAGACCAAAGCACUAAUUGACAUUAACAAAUUUAACAUGAGCCAGAAGGUGUUCUUCCAGGCGUUGGCCGUAUGCCACACGGUGCAGGUGGCAACAACCAAUCCAGAUGCCCCCGUUGCCCCUAAGAAUGAAAAUAACAAGUCGGGACCACCGGGCAUGUACUCCAUCACCGACAUUACCGAAGAGAGUCACAAUACUAGUCUACACACCGAACUUAAUGUGAGCAACACGAUUGAGACAUCCCUGACGGCUCAUCCGAAUGGCGUUAAUGCCACCACUACAUCAUCUGAUGUGAAUCCUCUGCUGAUUGGCGAUGAUAGCUAUAAAGCGGAGCGGCGCAAGCGACCGCAGGUGGUAAAGCGUAGUCCCAAUUUCGCCAGAUCCAAUAAGGUGCACAUUGCAUCGACGGGAGAGGCAACGGGGUUCAGCAGCACGACUGAGCGGAAUGGACGUCCGCUGGGAUGUGAUACACCCAACCAAAGUGCACACAUAAUGCGUCCCAUUUCGCUGCAAUUUCAACGUUCUACCUCGGAACGUGAUCUGCAGCAGCACGGGGAGGCGAACAGUGAGGUUACCUUGGGCCAUAGACGCGCUCACUCCUAUGGUGCACCCAAUGCAUACCUCUCCAAUCCCGUUGAGAACAUGACCCCACCAGUGGGUGGCAUUUUCCGUGCCGCUAGCACCACAUCGCGCGAAUCCUAUGCAGCGCCCACAUUCACCCGCCAGCCCACGAUACUAAUACGAGCCGAGUCCCAGCGUCGAAAGAAUGAAAUCAAACAAACACUGAGUAUGCUGGACUAUCAGGCCUCUAGUCCAGAUGAGAAGGCGCUUGUGGAGGCGUGUGCCAAUUUGGGCUUAGUCUAUAUGGGCGAUGAUGAUGAAGUGCUGCGUGUGUGCAUUGUGCCGCCACAUGUGGACUACAAGCGUCCGAUUAAUAAUGCAAAGCAAAAAGAGGAUUGCUUCUACCGUCUGCAUGUUCUCGAGUUCACCUCCGAUCGCAAGCGCAUGAGUGUGAUCGUCCGGGAUGAGGCGAACAAGAAGUGGAUCUACACCAAGGGUGCCGAGAGCUAUGUAUUUCCGCUAUGUGCAAAUAGCUCUGCCGGGUUGGUCUCCAAGACCGAUGGGCAUAUUAGUGACUUUGCUCGCUUGGGCCUGCGCACCCUUGCGAUAGCUAGGCGAGAGAUCCCCGAGACGGAAUAUCAGGAGUUUGUCACUUCGCUGGCACUGGCAAACAGCUCCUUAGAAAAUCGAAAGCAAUUGAGCGAGGAAUGCUAUUCAAAGAUUGAAAGUGAUCUCGACUUGCUGGGCGCAACAGCUGUGGAGGAUGCACUCCAGGAUGAUGUGGCCGAUACGCUGGUCUCCUUGCAAGCAGCUGGCAUCAAAAUUUGGGUGCUCACCGGCGACAAGGUGGAAACAGCUUUAAACAUCGCCCUAUCCUGCGGCCAUAUACCGCCGGAUGCCAAGAAAUAUAUCAUACUAGAGUGCAAAAGUCGCGACGAUCUCCUUGUCCAUCUGAAUGUGCUCGAACGGGAGAUUGUCUUUGGCAUUGGACGGGAGUGCGCCCUGCUUAUCGAUGGCAAGAGUUUGGCCGUUGCUUUGGCCGACGCACCCAAAGAAUUCCGUGACAUAGCCGUCAAAUGCUCAGCGGUCCUCUGUUGUCGCCUCAGUCCGCUGCAAAAGAGCGAGGUGGUGGCACUGAUUAAGUCAUCCAAUGAGAACUACAACACCGCAUCCAUUGGCGAUGGUGCCAACGAUGUGUCCAUGAUCCAAGAAGCUCAUGUCGGCAUCGGCAUCAUGGGACGCGAGGGCCGCCAGGCGGCUCGUUGCGCCGACUUUGCCUUUGCCAAAUUUUGCAUGCUAAAGCGCCUGCUGUUGGUCCAUGGCCAUUAUCAUAGUGUGCGGAUAUCGUUGCUGGUGCUCUAUUUCUUCUACAAGAAUAUCGUGUUCAUGGGCAUUAUGUUUCUAUUUCAAUUCCACGCGCUCUUCUCCUCAUCGUCCGUCUACGACUCUCUAUUUUUGACUCUCUUCAAUGUAUUAUACACGUCGCUGCCGAUUCUAUUCAUUGCCCUAUCCGAGAAACCCUACACCGAGGAGGUGCUAAUGCAGAACCCGAAACUCUAUAAGAAAAAUACGGAUAAUAAACAAUUACAUUGGCCCCACAUCCUCCUGUGGACAUUAUUUGCGAUUUAUCAUUCGGUUAUCAUUUUCUAUUUUGCCUUCUGCAUCUUCUCCUUCAACAAUGUCAUAUUGAAUGGCGGCCAGACGGCGGCCUUCUCUUGCUUUGGCACCUUACUCAUCUGGACUGUGGUCAUCAUAGUUAACCUGAAGAUCUUGCUGGAGUCGAUGUACCUAUCCUAUUGGUAUCUUGCGAGCAUAGUAUUUUCGAUACUUGCAUUUAUGGCAACAACCGUCAUCUACAACGUGAUCAACUUAGACUACGAUACGGAUAUUUAUUGGGCAUACAACAAAUUGCUGGGUUCCCUGCCCGUCUGGCUGUACAUCUUCGUGGCGGUCGUGGCCAGUCUGUUGCCCGAUUAUACAGUGCGAAUGCUGAUAAGAGCUUUGAAAAUCAAGAGUUUCACCAUAUAUCCGGGCAAGCAACGAAAACUUCAAAUGCGCAAAAAAUUUGAGUCGACCUACUUAUAAUACUUAGUGUUAGGCCAUAUUUUUUAUACGUUUAAUUUAUUUAUUUUUGUCUUAUAUCUACAAGUGUA